AUGGAUUCGGCCUCGACGCCGACCACAGCUGCCGAUCCUCAGCAAGAAGCCGCCGACCCUGAGCCUCCGUUCGCUCGCCCGAACCCCUUUGAUGACACCGACCUCUCUCGCAAGCGGCGCCGCACCUCGGUGUCUGCAUCUCCCGCCGCUUCCCUCGACACCGCCAACCUGGCGCUUGAAGCACCCACUCUCGCUGCCGCCCACCUUGUUCGGCCCGCCUCUAUCAGCGCCAUGAGCGUCGACGACAGCCCCGACCCGCCCCGAACUCCAAACCAACAUAACCCCCGCGCCGGCUCUCCGACCGAGCCUCCAUCCAGUAAGGUCACCAUCAAUCUUCGCAGACGCACCGGCUCGGAGUCGUCGACUGCUGCACUCGUUCCCUCGGUGCCGCCAUCCGAUGCUCACCCUAUGAUCCCCGACCUGAAUGCGCUCGGGGAGACCACAGAGGCUCCAGAGACGGCCAUGGAAAAUGCGCGCGAAUCGGGCUCCAGAAGCCCCGGAUCCUCUUCGCUCUCCACGAGCCCUCCCAUCGAGCUCAUCGCCGUGGCAGACAGCGACGACCGGGAUAAUGACGACAUGAAUUGUGCCCCCACGAGUCCUGAUAUCGCUGGCCGAGACUGGCUCCAGCUCGACCCAACCACUCACUUUCCAUACACAGAGCCCGAAGAGAGCCUGUGCGACACACUGCAGCGUUUGACUCAGUAUCUUUCGACGACAGACACGCCCAUCGACCCGACUAUCCUCGGCCAGGUCGUCGAGUGGCUUGACGAGUAUCUCAAAUUUACCAAACGUGCCGACACGAGUACAGUAUUGACGUCCCGCCGCACGCACAAGGGCUUCUGGUUCUCUUUUCCCGAAAUCAUUCUUGCCCUGACAUCUCGGAAACCAGACCUCAUCAAAGUGGCCAUUCUACGCAGCCCCAUCUUGAAUCUGUACACGGGCUUUGCGGCGUUGACGGCCCGCUUCGUCGCCCUGGACUGCCUUGCCGUUCGAGAGACUCAGGCUAUCCCGCUGGGCCGCCGCGGUCCGGAUCUGCUUUCCCCACUCUACCUCCAGCAGCUACACGGCCUGAUCGCAUCGCAUGGCUUCCCUCCUCACCUUGCCAACGAUGGGUCACACGCGGCCGUCUGGGCCCAGCAAGACGUAGAGUUAUAUCUCACCAACAAGUUCCAGACGAGUCCCGGAGGGGGCAUCGACUACUUGUCUCAGUUCGCCUCCGCUCUCGUCGGUCUCGUACCGCAGUUCCCUCGGCUAGCCGACAGCUUCGCUCCAGACGAUGCGGCGCAAGCGAGGAAACGCCUGGAGCAGGGCCAUGCGGCGUGGGCCAUCAUUUCGGUCUCUCUCAUGGCAGCAAUAGACAAACACGUCACCAGCCUUAACGGCGAUCACGCCGCCUCCUCGAUCCAGGCUCUGACGGAAGUCUUGAAGGUGUGCUUGCAGGGCGAUCACAAGGAAGCGAUAGACGUUCUUGAUGCGCACCGGGAAAAGUACCCAGCUCUCGCGUCCAAGCACGCCCACGAGGCGGUUGCCUGGCAGUGGAAGGUGGACAUUCUGGAGAAGCUCAUCCGCUCAAGCCAGAUGCAGCUUCGUGUCAUGGCCGUCACCACCAUGUGCACCCAUCUCGUGGCCGUCUGGAAGCGACUUUGCGAUGGAGGCGAAGAGUACAGCGCCGAGUUCCUCGAUCACUUGGCUGGCUACUUGCUCAACACCGGCCUGAUUGACUACAUUCUGGGCGCAAGUUGCCAUCCAGAGAUCAUCGUCGAAAGCGCCAACAUUGUCGGCUUCUUGGUGGUGACGCGCACAUACCGCUCAGAGCACACCGACCGUGUGUGGCACGGCAUCACCUCGAGCCAAGACCCGCGUGUGGUAGACGCCUUGACGCGUAUGAUGACCAACAUUACCAACUUAUUCGACUACGCUGGCUUGCUGCAUCUCUGCAACAAGUUUCAGCCUUUGCCUGUGGAGGGAUUCUCACCUUCGAUACGCCUUUUAUUGGACAAUGUCUUGAGUGAAAUGAUGGCGAGAGCUCAGACAAACCAGUCGACGCUGACUUUCCAUCCCUACGGGCUCUGCCUGCGCCUCCUCAGGGAGUCGUCUGUUUGUGCUUCGGGCUCUCAGGUCGCAGACCCCGACAUGCAACAGGUCGCGAUGCAAAAAUCCAGGGAAUUGCUGGGCCACGGACCAGACGCUGAGGGUCGGCGUGAGCUGUACCUGAGCUGCAUCAAUGACAUAUCCGCCAAGUCAGCCACCACGCUGGGCAGUCUGUGGUGCCUUUCCAUGGCGAUACGACAUGCGACCGAGGGUCAGAUGCAGGUCCUCACGGAGCAACAUGACCUGGCCAAGCUCAUUGUGGAGGAGCUGGAGCACGCAGGGAAUGCCGGACGAUCGGCCGGCGUGUUUCCGGUUCUCUCUGGUACCUCGAAUCAGCCAAGAAGAGACUUUGUGGCAAACCUCAUCCAGCUCCAGCCGGCGGCGAUUGACAACGACCUCGGCACAAAGCUUUGGAAUAUUCUUGUCGGGCCACAGUCAACCUGUGCAGAGGAUCGAAAGGCCGGCUGGUACGUUAUUCUGAGCGUGGCCAGGAAGGCGACUCUGCAGAAUGCGUUCCUUCGGACGUGCUUUUCGGAGCAUUUGCCGAGGCUGCCGGCCGGCUAUUUCUGUGAAGGGAUGCUCGAGUUCGUCAAGGAGCGAGUCCGUUUGCUCUUGGAAGAGAACCCGCGCGACUUUGUCCUCGACGAUGAGGCAAUAGUUGCGCGGUAUGGCAUUGAACACCUGUGGAGAAUCAUACUUGAAGCUCAAGACUCUGGUCUCGUCGCACAGGCCAUCUCUAUCCUGGCCGUCGACGUCUAUCUGGAAAGCAAAGCCAUCAUGUCGUAUCCCCUCCACCGGACACGGCAAGUACAUCUUGCCCUGGUCAACCGUUGCUUGCGUCAGAUGAAAGACACCGCGAGCAAACUUCGGCGGUCGAGCGAUGGAACCACCAGUGGCGACGACGAGCCAAUGAUCAUCGUCGCCACGCCCGAGGAGACCAAGCAGCAGGAGCUCAUUUUCACCCGGUCUCUGCAGCUCCUGAGGUUUUUCUUGGAAAAGUAUCAGUCCAAGCCAAAAUUUGCUGUGGCCGACCUCCGAUCCUUCAUGUCCGAGACGCCCCAGCAGAUUGAGGGUGACUCGGCCCGCCUCAGAUAUCAGUCGUUUGACGGCGACGAGCAAACAGACAUUAUGCCGUUGAGCAUUGGCAAGCUGAAUACGGUGUCGUCUCUGCUCGCAAGCCUUAGGCAGGAGACGGGCUUCGACAAUUACCGCGUGUAUUAUCGAGGCCACCAACUGCUUUUGGUAGAACAAGACAUCAGCAAAUCUCUACAAGAACUGGACAUCCAGGAUGGCUUCAUGUUGGUGAAGCGAGAAGAUAACUACUCGGCCUCGCCGGUCCGGAUAAAGCCGGGCUCGUUGCCGCUAGAAAUCGAGAUUUUGGCCCAUUUUCCGGAGCUCUGGGACUACCUGAGCAUGGACGAGCAAACAGCCGAGGAGAUUUACGACUUCGUCAUCAGGCUCCCUGCGGAUGGCUACAUCUUGUCACGCUUCGACACUAACUCAACCUCGUACAAGGAUCUUUUUCUUCCAGGACAGCCGUUCAAGUCUCUGUAUGCCAUUCACGCGUUGUCAGAGUACAUUGAGGGUGCCUGCCGAGCUACUUCCAGUGGUAACCCGGGUUCAACCCCGCAGAGAAGAGACCUGCAGUCAUCUCAGGAAGCGGCUCUAAGAAGAUCGCUGCAUCUUGUGGUUCAGGCGCUGUCGGAUCCAGAGGUGCUUGAAGGAAGCGUGACACGGCUGCAGAUCCGCGUCGUAAGCUCUCUGAUGCAAAAGUUUGUCCAACUCGUCCAAGUCGAUUCUCCCACACCUGAGCGUCUGAUUGAAGUUCUCUCCGACGCUUUGGACUAUCCGGACAACGGAGCUAUCCCGCUCAUAGCGAGCACGUGCAGUGCGAUUCUGCUUGUUGGCAAGUUGGAUGCGCGGUUUUGGAUAAAGAUCACGGAAAGCAACGAUUUUCGUGGCCUCAUCCAGAAGCUGGUGCUUUUCGAGCCAAGGAGGGAAGUGAGGGUUGCUGUUGUGGAACUGCUUGAGGUUUCCGCAGAGGCCGAAGCACAAGUCCCGCAAACGCAGCCCGCCAAGUUUGCGACGUCAGAGGUCAGGGAACCCUCUCUUUUGGCAAAAUACCUCUGGCCCAUCGUCUCAAACCUCCUCCCAGAGGCCGUGGAGCGUACAGCGCAGUGUGACGAGCUCUUUCGGCUUCUCAAGAAGCUGCUCUUGCUCAUGUCGAAUACGCUUCCCGGACAGUCUCAGUUUGACCAGCUAACAAGGCAGACGAACGAGCUCUUGCUUGAACAUGAUUCAACAGAGGAUGUGAGCCAGAUUGAGCCCUACGACCCCGUUGCCAACGGCCUGGCUUCGGUCUUGCACCUCUGUCUCCAGAUCGACGCCUCACUCCCGGCCUCGAGAGCACUUCCAGAGGACACGGCGCGAGAUUUGUUUUGGCGACACCUCUUUCCGCAAAAGCUCAGUCCAGGCGCCGAUUCGGUCCGUCACGUCGUGCUGAACACGGAGACUCGAGCGAAGCUGUACGAGGUCAUUUUCCGUCUUGUUGGACACGACGGCCGUCAGUUUGGCCAGACCUUGCACCUACUCAACGAGCUGGUGCCUUUCUAUUCUGAGGAUACUGACGAACCCUACCUCUAUGAUCUUCCCUAUCAGUUUGAUCGCUCAAAGGCCAUGCGCUCCCCCUGCGGCUACGUCGGCCUGCGGAAUCUUUCCAACACUUGCUACCUGAAUUCCCUUCUCACGCAGCUGUACAUGAACACGGAGUUCCGUCGCUUCAUGCUGGGGGCGUCGUGUCGGGGUCCAACAAGCUCCCAGCAGCUGCUCUUCCACACCCAAAAGGUCUUUGGCUUCAUGCAAGAGAGUUACCGCCGAUAUGUGGACCCCUCAAGCCUCGUCGGAUCCAUCAAGACCUACGAGGACACAGUCAUCGACAUCCACAGCCAGAUGGACGUUGACGAGUUCUACAGCUUGCUGUUCGAUCGAUGGGAAGGGCAGAUAUCCCGUCCCGAAGACAAACGAAGGCUCCGUUCGUUUUACGGCGGACAACUCGUGCAGCAAGUGAAAUCCAAAGAGUGCGAGCACAUCUCGGAACGACUCGAGCCAUUUUCCGCCAUCCAAUGCGACAUCAAGGGCAAAGGGACGUUGGAAGAGAGCCUACAGGCAUAUGUCGACGGGGAGAUUAUGGAAGGCGACAACAAGUACAAGUGCUCCACGUGUGAUCGUCACGUCGAUGCGGUCAAAAGGGCGUGUUUGAAGGAUGUGCCGGACAAUGUCAUGUUUCAUCUGAAACGCUUCGACUUUAACCUGCGCACUUUGCAGCGAAGUAAGAUCAAUGACCACUUCUCCUUUCCUCCGACAAUCGACUUACGGCCGUACACGAUCGAGCACCUCAGCGAUACGAGCUCCGAGGCAGCAGAGGACGUUUUCGAGCUUGUCGGCAUCCUCGUCCAUUCGGGAACCGCUGAGUCGGGCCACUACUACUCCUACAUCAAGGAGCGACCCUCGGCGGCCAAGGAGAGCUGGAUCGAGUUCAAUGACGACGUCGUCACUCCCUGGGAUCCGUCCCUCAUGAGCUACAGCGCCUACAUGCUUUUCUAUCAACGCGUCUCGUCGCUCAAGACUGAGCAAGAAUCCAUGGUGGCGCAGCAACUGUCGGCUCCCCUACGCGUUGACAUGCCCGCGCUGCUCAAGGAGCACAUCGCCAACGAGAACACGGUCAUACUGCGACGGCAUUGCGUCUUCGACCCAGGACAUGCAAUAUUUGUGCAGAACUGCUUCACCCGGGCCAGAUCCGUGGACAGGGGAGAGGCGAACAGCCCCACGGCGGCCAAGGAGAACUUGGCAAUGGAGAUGGCCUUGUCCCACCUGGACCAGAUCGUCUCACGGACAAAAGACACGCCAUUCUUCGCGGCGUUUUCAAGCACGAUCAGGGCCGCGGUUGUCAGCUGCCCCCGAUGCGCCUUGGCACUCUACGACUAUUUCGACGCACGCCACACGUCGUACCGAGCCCUUGUGCAACGAAACCCUGAACAGCACGUCCGAGCAUUCGCGGGCGAGGUGCUCGUACGCGCGGCGGAGAAGAUUGCCGAAAGGCUUCCUGAUGUCGACGGAGAGGGCAUGGAGCGAGACCUCGAGCACGAUGGCGAGGGUGGAUCGGAGCACUCGGUCCUGGAGGGCGUCGCGAUGCUCUUCAACCACCUCUGGCAGUUUUUCCAAAUCCACCUCCGGUCAUGGGACGAAUACUUUGGCACGAUACUGGCGUUUGCCAAGCUCGGACAUCGAGAGGCCGGGCUGGUCCUGUCCGAGGACUACCUGAUCAAGUUGCUGCGCAUCGUGGAUGCCGACACGACCAUGGACCUGCCGCCAAACUACGCUCGCAUGCUGAACAAUGUCCUGCGGCGGAUCAACACGCGGCCGCCGUCGUACUCUGCCAUCAUGUCGCUCAUCGACUACCUGCUCGCACAGCUUGACCCGGUCUUGGGCCCAGAGGUCAUUAUCGACCAGCCGGGGGGGAGCGCCUCGCGUUCAAAGCUCCCUUUCCCCUGGACGUCGCAGGAAGUGCACGAAGUUCACAACCACCCGGACCGCCAGAUGGCCAGCUUCUUUGUGGAGAAGCUGGUGUCCAUCGAUCAGGCCUGGAGCGUGACCAAUGACAUUGUAGGCCGGCUGAUUUUGACGGGAGGACCGAUGGACCUCAGAAUAGUGAACACCCUCUGCAACAACAUCCAGGGCGAGCUCUCGACACAGCCGAUGGACCCUUUUCUCAGGGUGGCUGGGCGAUACCUCGAGUGCACCCAGUCGGCAGACAACGCGCACGCUCUCAUCCGCCACGUUUGCGCCCAGGCCCGGAACCUGCAAAACACGGAAGGGGCCGCGUUUUUGAACUUUAUCAGGGUGGCACUGCGGUCCGACAGACCGGAUGAGGAGCUGGCGCGAUCCAGACGCGAGAGCAGCAUCGACACUGUCACAGGCUGGGCACCAUACCUACUGGUGUACCCGGACGCCAACACGAGGCGCGAGGCAGAGCAGCUGCUCGAAGACGAAGUGCUGCAGCACUCGUCGCUGAAGGAGGCUGGGGAGAAUGAGAACGGAACGGAGAACAGGGAGCGGUUCGACCGGGUGGUGCGGGACUUGGGGAUCAAGUGCCUGGUGUACCUGCGUGAGGUGCACACGAGGCGGCGAAUCAAGAUUGAGCGCGAUGCUGCGUGGAGCAUACUACGGGUCGUGGGCCGGUGCGCGCCGUGCUACGAAGGCGUCCUGGACGCGGACGGGGAUGAAGACGUGGAGUUUGCGGCGCUGCAGGGCGAGGUUAUGGAACCGCUGCGACGACUGAUGGUGGACGAGGUGGAGGACGAGGCGUCGGAUUGGGACGAGUCGUGCGUGUCGUCGGACCCGAUGGAGGCUAACGUGGGCAUUCCGGUGUAG